AGAGAGAGAAACUCAAUUGACGAUGCUACGAAUCUGACUGUGCCAGAAAAUAAUAAUAAUAUGCGCAGAAAAGUAUUGUUUAGAUCUUGUAUGCGUUUUAGCAUGUAUCUUUCGAACUUCCGCUCGCCUGUUAAUAAACUGAUGAUAGAUUACGUCAUUUUUAUUUUAAGCCAUGGCGCUAGAACUAUUUUUAUUAACGUCCAAACGUGAAAUGAGCGUUAAUAAAAAUCAUUGAUCGUUCAGUCGAUUUUCCAAGAUCUUAGCAUCGUUUGUAGCUUUGUGAUUCCUGCGUAAAGUACAGACAUAGUGAGUAGGAUGAUUAUCGCGUAGGCUGCAUAUCUCUCAAUAAGAAAUUGACGAUUCAUAAAAAUGUGAAUAUGAAGUGUUGUCUCUUGUAUAUGCCGGUAUUUCCCCAUAGAUUUUAGUAUAUCGGAUGUAGUGUAGCUGUAGCAGAUCUAUCUAACACAAGAAGGUGGAUCUUUCCUAAUGCGUGUAUGCUUUCUACAUCUAAGACUGAAACUAAUAUUGCGUGGUGCAUGCGCUAAAUACGAUCUUUUUUCUCCCAUUUAUGAAUUUCGAAUUUACGAUUAUAUUUCUAGAAGUCCUUUUUCUUUACUACUUGCUUGAAGGGAAGAAAGCGUGCCCGCGCAAUUCUGAGAGGAAUAAAGACGUAUCUGCGGCGGUGUUUAAUUAUUCAUCACUUGGAAAUUGAUAGAGCUUAAAAAUUAUUUAUAUUAUUUGUGUAAUUGGUGCAAAUAUUGGAAGCUGAUAUUUAUCAAUCACGAAUGUGCAUUGUAAAUUCGAUGUAAAAUCUCGUCGCGUUUCUUUUUGUAAGGAAAAUGUUUUUGUAGAAAAGACAAAAUGAAUUUGUUUAAAAUAAAAUCAAUUUGUCCAUAAAUUCUACUCGAAAGUCUCAUCAUACUUCGUCGAAUUCAUCAAUAUCAAUUGAUCCAAUUUUAUUUUUGUUCCAGGAACGAGCAGUUUUUGGACAAAAAUAUAUCUCCUCCUCUCUCACAUACCACACACGUGCUGUCAAGCGAUCUGUCAAACUGCGCGCACGAUCAGCUGAUUUCGGAACGCAUCUGCUGCGCGGAGAGAGAACUGAGAAAAAGCUGAGGAAAAACGUCUAUAACCUAAACUGUCCUGUAAAAAUGAAAGAGUAGCUUUUAUCCGCUACUGUCCAUCGCUAAUUCGAUCUAUCACUGAAUUCCAGACGCAUUUUGCAAUGAAUAGUGGCAAUUAGGAGUAGUCGUUUCCUUUUUUUCCUCUCGCAGUUUGCGCGGAAAGCGUUGACAAAGUCGAAGAUGGUAGAUAUAAAGAGCAACCCUCCCAUCGUAGGAGAAAAUGAUUCACAUUACGAGUCUAGAAUACGAGCGAACAGUUCUGGUACGGGAACAUCAACACCAUCAUCUUCGUCCGACUACAUGACAGGAGAAGCGGAUGACAGCUCUGACAGCAAGGGAACUAUACCGUUCAGUUUGAAAUCAGUGGAGAACAUGCUCUCAUUAUCUAAGGAUGCGUCUCAGGAGGAUCUUCAAGAAAUGGUACACAAAUGCAAGCUGAUGGUGUUGGAGAGUGCCGAGUGCUCGGAUGAGCGCAAAUGGCUAGUUCGACGGUUGAUUGAGUUGCGUUUGCGAGUGCAAGAACUGCGCGAGACCUCGGACGAGAAUCUUUUCGAGACACGUGUGAUUCUAGGUCAUCAUUUUGUACCACAGAAGUACUAUAUCACUACAUCUACUCCAGUUUACUGCGACCAUUGCAGUGGGGCAAUCUGGACGAUGCUACAGUCCUGGUACAUGUGUAGCGACUGUAAAUUUAGUUGCCAUUGGAAGUGUUUAAACAGUGUGUGCCGUGUAUGCGUGCAUGUAGUCGCCAGUGAAGCUGGUGGAUACACGCAUACGAAGGACAUUUGCCCGGAACAAGGCCUUUCAAAGCAAAGUUAUCGUUGCGCAGAAUGCAAAGUGCGAAUAACAUUCACUUUCUCGAAAGGAUUAUCACUAUCUUGCUUCGGCAGUUCCUUUAAAAAUGCAGAAUCAGCAUGGAUAGAGCCGCGACUUUGUGACUACAGUGGUCUAUAUUACUGUCAGAGAUGCCAUUGGAACACAGCUAUGGUUAUUCCCGCAAGAGUGGUCAGAAACUGGGACAUGGAGCCGCGUUUGGUAUCUCGCGCUGCAGCACAGCUUUUGAUGCUCUUGGAAGAUCGUUCCGUAUUACCUUUAGAAGAAUUAAAUCCGAAACUUUUUACUUUGGUUCCUGAUCUAUCGCUUGUAAAGCGGAUGCGAGAGGAAAUGCAGAUGAUGAAAAGAUAUCUAGUUUUAUGCAUGGAAGCUUGCACUCAAGGAUUACCGUGGAAGAUUGGAUUACGCACACAUAUGAUCGAAAAUUCAAGUAAUUAUUCUAUCAAGGACCUCAUCGAUCUUCAGAGUGGCAUUCUUUUGGACGAGCUUCGUGCUGCGUAUGACACGAUGCAUGCACAUAUUACGCAGCAUUGCGAGCUCUGCAAGGCAAGAGGACACCUAUGCGAAAUAUGCGGCAAUGAUGAGAUUAUUUAUCCAUGGGAUGCGAGCUCAGUUAUCUGUCAACAUUGUUCGGCAGUGCAUCAUCGCGUUUGUUGGGCUAAACGUAAUCAUUGUUGCCCACGGUGCGCACGUUUGCAGAAACGUCGUGCUUUACAAGGACAAACAGCGCAGGAAGGCGAAGAUUGUGAUACGGACGAUACCGCAAAGGAAUCCUAAACGAAAAUGCGAGCAUGUGCGGUAAAAUAUUAUUUGUACAGCUGUGUAACGAUUUAUAUCUUUGUACCUGUUAUUUUUUUAAGCGGAUCAAAUCGCUUGCAGGCUGUAAUUUUUAUAUUAUCAUACAUGUUAAGGGUUGUAUAGCGUUUCUCUAAUUGUGAAUGUAUAUGUAUCAAGUGAAGUUUUAUAACGCACGGUCUAAUCAGUGAGAUUAUACAGGUGAUAUCUAUUAAUCACAUUUUUUUAAUUAUUGUGCAAAUUUGGUACAUAAUGCGUAAAGUGCCACAAAUACAGGUGUAACACCAUACUCAUUCAUUAAACUCUACGAAGGAGCAAUUAA